UGUAUGGUUUUCUUACUAUAAUUAUUCAAAUUUGUUACGACGUGGUGCUAAUAGGACGAAAACGGAAAAAAGUGCCAAGAAACAGUGAAUUAGUGUGGAAAAGUUUUAGUGCGAUUUUUCUCCGAAACGGAUACAUGUAAUAACUAACUCAAAAACUGGAUAUAAAGGAUGGGUCUUUUGACGUCAAUAGGGAUUGGCCUAUUGUCCCUAUGGGUUGUAUACGCUCAAGUGCCAUGGGAAACGCCAUAUUUUCUGAGUAUGAAUACACCCGGCGUGGAGAUAGGAGAAAUUACAAACUACAUGCAAAUCAUCAAAAUGGACGAAGAAUUGCCGCUACCUAUCAAAUUAGCCAAGCUGAAUUACAGAGGUCUAACACCCAGACCCGAAAUUGAGUCCUUCCAGCUUGGAACAAAUAAGCUUUUGAACGCAUCUAUAAAUCGAGAUCAACGUGGUUGGUUUAUUGAAGUAAAUGCUCGACAGGAUUAUGAAAAUCCAUCCCAACAAAGAUAUGAGUUCCUAGUUACUGUCGGCAACCAACGAGUUUCCGUUUAUUUGCUACUACAGAAUAUAUUCGAUGAAAACCCAUCAAUUACUUACAAUGGACCAUGUAUUGCCGAGGAGUUGCAAUCGAACUUCAAUACAAAGUGUGUUUUCCUGGUUAACGAUCCUGACGGCAUGCAAGGCAACAAGAUUCGGUUAGAAAUCGAAGGCAACAAUGGUGAAGCAGAUUUAUUUGAAUUCAAAGACGCGAUAAUUGUAGACACAUAUCAAAUGGAAUUCACCUUAUAUGUGAAGAAGGAGUUACGCUAUGAACAACGAGCGCUCUAUAGCUUCCGUACUUACGCCUAUGAUAUUGCCAACAACAACGGCUCAAUUGCAACGAUUGUGGAGGUACAGGACAUGCCGAGUAUGGAUCCAAUCUGGGUAACACCAUUUGCAACGGCCACGUUCAAGGAAAAGUCGGAACAGACAUUCCAAGUGAGAGCAGUUGAUGGAGACACAGGUAUUGACAAGAAAAUCAAUUAUAAACUGAUCUUCGACGAAGGCGACUAUUCCGAGUUUAUCAGUAUUGACAAAGAGAGUGGAACUCUACAAAUAUCUCCAAUAGAUCGUGAUACCCUCAACCAGGAAGUGUUUACAUUCUCGAUUUAUGCUUACAAAUUUGACAACGAAACAUGGGGGAUUCAAAGUACGGCCGUCGUAAUUGUCGAAGAUAUAAAUGAUCAUCUUCCGGAAAUCGAAAUCAGUCCCAAUUUCGUUGCGUUUAGAGAAGAAACUUAUUUAACAGUGCCCUUAACCAGAUUUUCAGUUAAUGAUUUAGAUUUGGGGGUUCAUGCCACAUAUAAUGUUACCCUCUCGCAAAAUGGUGACAUUUUAUAUUCGGAAGCAUUUGACGUCAUACCAAAUAAUGGAUAUAAGGAAGCGAAUUUUAAACUGAGUGUCGUCAACGCACCACUUUUGGAUUAUGAAAAUGAAAUCUGGAGGGAAUUGGUGUUGGUGAUUACAGCACAAGAAACGAAUUUUCCUGCCAAUCGAACUCAAUUAACACUUCCCAUUAAAUUAAUUAACUGGAACGAUGAAGUCCCGAUUUUCGAGAAGGAUGUCUACAAUGUAAAUCUUUUGGAAACGGUUGGAGCGGAAUACAUAAUUGCGCAAGUGGAAGCCACCGAUGCCGAUAUUGAUGACCGUGUAAUACAUGAAAUCGUAGGAGGCCUAGCGAAUAUUUCUAUCUCAGAAGAUGGAGUUUUAACAACAACUGCAGACGAUGUAUUUGAUUAUGAACGACAAACUGAAGUUAUUAUCCAAAUUAAGGCAACAGAUACGCUACAAGUAGAUCCAGAGGAUAAGCUGAACACCGCCUUUACCCAAUUAAACAUAAACGUCGUAGAUGUGAAUGACGAAACACCUGAAAUUAGAAUGCCACGAUCGAGCCCUAACAUAACAGAGAAUUCUCCGGGUAACGUAUUAAUAACUUCCAUGAUUGUUGCCACGGAUCCAGACACAACGGCUGACCUAUACUUCGAAAUCAACUGGAACGAUACUUACGCAACAAAAUCAGGUCAAGACGCUCCCAAGGAUACUUAUGAAAAUUGUUUUAUUAUCGAAGCCCAUCCUGAUAAUAUAAACACGGUUUACGGCCACCUAAAAGUAAACCCUGACUUCAAAGGAGAUAUCGACUAUGAAGAAUACGAGGUCAUCUACUUGGCUAUCAGAGUGACGGAUAGGAAUCAAGAAGUUAAUCCUGAUUCCGCCGAUGGAACCAUAACAAUUCGUGUUGACGACAUUAACGAUAAUGCACCACAGUUUAUUCAAGACACUUUAUUAGCGAAUAGAAGUGUCAUAGAAGAGGCUCGGGAGGACACACUCAUCGGUAGCAUUCUGGCUCAUGAUAUCGAUGGUCCUGGGAACAACAUCAUUUCUUAUUACAUAAGACCUAAGGUAAACGCUUCACCCCCUACCCCGGACAAAUGGAUAUCUAUUGAUGUGAACACGGGUGCCAUAAAAGUUGAAGAAAAUGCAAUAAUUGAUUGCGACCGGCCGAAACUCUACUAUCUGGAAUAUACUGUUACUGUUAGUGACGGUGAACUUUCUACUGAAGGUGACAUAAGAAUUUCUAUAAUCGAUAUCAAUAAUAAAAGCCCGUACAUCCUGGAAUUCAAAAAUCCUGUGGAGCUCUAUGAAAAUGCUACUACAGACACACCAGUUGGUUAUGUUAGAGCAGCUGACAUUGAUCGUGAUCCUCCUCAUAAUACCCUCCAAUAUAUGAUUAACUAUCCACAAUUUCCUGAUCUUCGUAAAUUUUUUGAGAUCAACGUCACCAGCGGUCUUAUUCAGGUCAAACUCCAAAGUGACUCUGUUUUGGAUAGGGACAAUGGUAUCACCCAACAUGAAAUCCAUGUUAAUAUCGAGGAUAAUUAUCAAGGAAAUGGAAGAACCAACCAAAACACAACCUCUUUAACGUUGAUUCUCUUGGAUGUUAACGACAACGCUCCCGAGCUACCAGAUCCAAAGGAUUUCCUGCCGGUUGCCAAAGAGGAUACCAAAAAGGGCACUCUAAUUGGACCAAAGCUGAUAGCAACUGACAGGGAUGAAGUCAACACUCCAAACUCGUGGAUUUCGUACAGAGUAAUACUGAUUGUGCCAGCCGAACCCGAUGAAGGGAUUGAUUCCGAGCUGAACUAUGAAGAUUUAUUUACAAUACAAGGCGAUGACAAGGUAUACGGUCAACUAGUCGCAAAUAAAUUCCUUAAAGGAUUUCAUGGAAUUUGGAUGGUAACAAUUGAAGCGUUCGACCAUGGAGACGAGGGUCCAUCACAUAUUUCACUGAAAUCUAGAGAAACAUAUAACAUCACAAUCGUGCCUGACAAUUUCAAUGCACCAACAAUAAUCUAUCCUACAAAUAAGGACAUUAUACGAUUGAGAUACGAGGGCCAAGAAAUUGGAAGACCUCUUUUACUUACCGAUAUGACUGCAUUGCCUUUGUUUGAAGCAUAUGAUCCCGACGGCGGCAUCUAUGGAAAUAUUACUUUUGAAAUAAGUAGUUACAACCCACAGAGUGGUGAUGCGGACUAUUUCGAUAUUUACAAAGAGACUACCAAGAAGUCACGACUUCAACUCAGGAAGCAAAUAAAACCGACUUUUUACCAUCUAAACGUCAAGGCUGUUGAUGGUGGUUUCAAAUACUCUGAAGAAGUAACGAAUUUAACUCUGGUGUUCGUGGACAUGCAAGGAGAUCCAUAUUUUCCUGUUACUAAUUUUACUACAGAUUUCACUGAAAACGAAUUCGGUCUAAGUGAACAGCGAAAAAUUCCAAAUGCUUUUGAUCCGAAAAAUCAAGGAGAUGAAAAUGAAACGUAUAUAAUUUACUAUUUCAUUGAUCCUAAUUACAACCCAGACGACGCUAAAUUAUUCUCACUAAACAAAACUACCAGAGUUUUAAUGCUACAAGAGAUGUUAGAUAGGGAAGAAAUCGAUACUCAUUAUAUUCGAAUCAUUGCAUCUAACAGAAAGGAUAACCCAGAGCCAUAUCCCAAGGAGAAUUCAAUGCUAAUAUUGAAAAUAACUGUCAACGAUGUUAAUGAUAAUCCACCAGAAUUUGAAGAGCGAAGCUAUUCAGCUGGUAUUACUUCAAGUGAUUAUAUCAACAAACCAAUCCUCACAGUUCUUGCAACCGACAAGGAUCUAAAUGAUAGCAUCACAUACAUGUUCGACCCAGAUUCAGUAAGUUCCAACGGUGAAAAUAUCGAUGAUAUAAAAAGACGAAUGUUCACAUUGGACAGUGAAACCGGAGUUAUUAGCCUCGCCGCAGUUCCCCGCACCAAUAUGAAAGGAUACUUCCAAUUUAAUAUAAUUGCCCUGGAUGAAGUCAAGCACAGUGAUGUCUGCAAUGUUCAAAUAUACAUUGUAUCUGAAAUCAAUCGAGUGUCCUUCAUAUUUCUGGCUAGCUAUCAAACGGUUGCUAAUAACAUUCAAUUCCUCAUUAAGACGUUCGAAGAGUAUUAUGGAUAUGAAAAAUGUAAUAUCGAUGACUACAGUGAUGUAUCGUACGGAUCAGAUUUGACGAGGUCACGGGAUUCCGGUAUCACGAAUGUUAGGGCUCAUUUCAUACAUAAUGGAGAGGCUAUUGAGGCUUCGGAAAUACGAGCAAAAUCGAAUGAUCUUAACUUCAUAGCGAAAUUGAAGAACGCUCUAAACGAAAAGUCCCUCAUUCUCGAAGAUGUUCCCAGCGAAAGGAACGAUGAAGUUGUUGAAAAUGGAGAAGCUCUUACCACGGUUUUGAUAGUUGUAGCGGUAGCUCUUACUAUUCUUUGCGCAAUAUUGGUGGUAGCCUUCGUGAUGAAGACUAGAGCCCUGAAUCGUCAGAUGAAAGCAUUCUCCGCUCCGAAUUUUGGAUCAACAUCAUCCAAUUUAAAUAGACGAGAAGCACCCACAACUAACGUUUUCUCUGUGGAAGGAUCGAACCCAGUUUUGAAUAAUAAUGAGUUACCAAAGGAUGCGUUUGACACAAUGAGUGUGGAAUCAUAUGAAUCCGACUUCGUUGGAAUAAAUGAUGACCCAACAUUCAAUAUGAGUCAAAAGCCAAGAGAAAGUAAAAAUAUUGUUUUGGGAAGCGAAUUCAACGCAUAUAGGUCACCUAAGAUGAAAAGAAAUGGAAAUAUCCAAGAUUUCGAAGUAAAUGAAAAAGAUGAGGAAGGAGAAUACGAUGAGAAUUAUGACGAGAGGUAUUGAAAACCUAGAUUAUUAAUAUAUGUAUAUGUUAAUUGAAUUUUAAGUAAGUUAGUUUAGAGAUAAGAGGCUUUGUUUUAAUACAAAAUAAAUGAUACC